AUGAACAACGCUCGAUAUAGUAGGCCAACUGGUCGCCCAAAUAUAUACAGGCCCUCUGAGACAGAAAGGUUACAAGCACAACUAAGAAAUCAAAGACUACGAAAUAUACAAGAAAAGAGGCAUUCAAUAGGUCUUGAUUCUCAGGAUGAGACUACCUUGAGGAAAUCAUCUAAUGAAUUUAAUGUGGCUGUUCACGUCAAAGAUGAACCUUUUAUUGAGAAUAACGAAAAUAAGGAUGAUGAUGAAGAUUCUGAUGUGAAUAUAUCAAAGGAUAACAAGUCCUCCCCUUUUUAUGACUAUAACACAGACAAAACACAUAAUAUACUGAACGGCUAUGAUGAUGGUUAUGAUGAACCAUCACCUCUACCAAAAGUGAUGUCCCCAAAGUCCGUUUUAAAAUCAAGGGGAUAUUCAUCAGCUUCAUAUGAUGAAGAUCCUAUUGUUGAAAAUCCUAUUAGGUACAAUAAUGAAAAUAACAAAAAUUUAUUGACUUUUCAAGCAACAGAGUCAAGGAAAGAAAUAAGGCGAAAUGAGCAGAAUAAUAUGGGGUCUCGUACAUUAAGAAAACUUUUAGGUGAACCAUUACCAUUACCAUAUUUGUCAAACGAUGUCAUAGUGAAUAAAUCUUUUGAGGAUAAUCACAGAACUGUUCUGACCAAAGAUAAAUUAGAUAAUAAAAGUAAACAUUUUAAUACUAAAUUUAAACGAUUGGUAUCUAAAGACAAAAUAAAUGUAGUUAAAAGACUAAAUGAAUUAAAGCAUAAGGAAUAUGAUAAUGAUGAUAAUAAUGAUGAUGGUGAGGAUAUUCUCACAAAUUUUGACCCACCUAUUGAACCAUUACCGAAAUUUGGAAAUAAAAUACGAAAACAAAGAGCACACUCCAGAUCAUAUUCACACGACUUAUCAUUCCCGUCUAGACAACCUUCUGUACAGUUUUCAAUUGGAGAUCAUGAGCACAGCAGGGACUCGGUAGAUCACAACAACCUCAGCGAUACAGACUCAACACAAGAUCUAUUAAUACUAUUAGAGUUGCAAAGAACUCUUGAUUCUAAUAGUGAAAAGUUGGAUUUGAUCAUUGCCAUGUUAAGCAAUCUAACGCCAGAAACUAAAGAGAAGACGAAGGCAUUAUAUUGUUUCUAUUCGAAACAUAUAUUAAUUAGGACAAUUUGUAUUAUUACACUUCUAUUAAGCAUAUUUUGCGUGUAUUAUUACUAUUAUUAUAACUAUUAUAAAUACUAA